CAAACUAUCUCAGUAAAGAUCCCAGCUUUCACUACAAACCCAACUCUUAAACUCACUCAGACCUCAGAUUGAGCUACCAAACACCUUCAAUCUCAUCAAAAUUAGCAACACCCAAGUCUUGAAACUCAUCUUUUAAGGUGAAACAAUGGAGACAGUGAUAGUGAAAGAAGAAGAAACUAUAACAGCCACAGUUGGUUCAUCGUCUUCAUCUUCUUCAAGCCUGACACCGCGACCGAUGGAGGGCUUACACGAUUUGGGUCCGCCACCAUUUCUUUCAAAGACUUUUGAAAUGGUGGAGGACCCUUCUACUGACCCCGUUGUUUCCUGGAGCAGAGCUCGCAACAGCUUCAUUGUUUGGGACUCUCAUCAGUUCUCAUCCACUCUUCUUCCUCGGUACUUCAAGCACAAUAAUUUCUCGAGCUUCAUUCGCCAGCUUAAUACAUAUGGUUUCAGAAAGGUUGAUCCGGAUCGAUGGGAGUUCGCGAAUGAAGGGUUUCUUGGAGGGCAGAGGCAUUUGUUGAAGACCAUCAAGAGGAGGAGGCAUGUGUCGCAGAAUAUGCAUGAAGGUGGAGGAGGGGCUUGUGUUGAAUUGGGACAGUAUGGGCUAGAGACUGAGCUUGAAAGACUGAAGAGGGACAGAAAUGUGUUGAUGACUGAAAUAGUGAGAUUGAGGCAGCAACAACAGAAUUCAAAGGAGCUGGUCAUUGCAAUGGAGGAUCGGUUGCAGACGACUGAGAAGAAACAGCAACAGAUUAUGAGUUUCCUUGCAAAAGCACUCAAGAACCCAUCUUUUAUCCAAAACUUUGCUCAGAAAAGAGAGUUGAUUGGUGUUGAAAUUGGUCGAAAGCGAAGAUUAGCUGCCAGCCCGAGUGUGGAGAAUUUGCAAGAGAUGCCUACAGCCCAUGUUUUGGCCAGGUCAAGAAGUCAGGAUCAGGGAGAGUUUCCAACCAUGGAGUCAGACUUUGAGUCACUUUUCUCAGCUGCUGCUUUGGACAAUGAAUCAAGCAGUGAUUUCAAGGGCUCUAAUCUAACUUCAAUACCCACAAGUAAUGGUGGCAACUUGGGCACUGUGAAUGAGACGAUGUGGGAGGACUUGUGGAGUGAAGAGCUCAUUGGUGGAAAUCCAGAGGAAGAGGUUGUGGUGGGGAAUGAUUCUGAAAUCGAUGUGGAGGUGGAGGAUCUUGUUGCUGAUCCUUCAGAAUGGGGUGAGGACUUGCAAGACCUUGUUGAUCAAAUGGAUUAUCUGAUCAAGGCCAAUCCUUAGGGAAGAUAGUCAGAUAUCGGUGACUCAUUGAUGAAGAUGUUGUGUUUAGAUGAAUUGGUCCCUGGAACACCAUUCCUUGCUCAUCAUAUUUGGUAUAUGCUUUAAUUGGUUUUGAUUUUAAUAAGUCUGUGUUCUUUGUUGUGAGUGAGAAAUAAUGUAUGAUUUCUGAUGCAGCAGGGAAUGGUGAAUGUUGCAAUGGGGCCGAUAAUUGUUGCUGUUUUUUUUAUAUCCUUUUGCAAUCAUGAUUUAGUUUUUUUAAACAUUGGUGGUACUUCUGAUUCUAAUCAGUUCUGUUGUGAUUUAGUUUCUUCUUCUUUGGUGUUUUGCAGGAGGUGAAGCCUAUGG